AUGUCAGUGCUAAGCCAACUGCUCUCCAACUUCAACCAGAAAGCCCAGACCAGGAGCCACCACAACAUAGAGCUGAUAAAUUCGUUCAUAACAUAACGAUAAGCCCGCCGUUGAUAGCCUUUGAUAUUGUAUCGUCCAACGUUAGGGAGAAAUUUGCAAACAUUUUUUACCGGAAGAGAAAAAAGAAA